AGUCUUAGGUAGGCUAUAUAAUGAAAAACCAAUUUUUCUAUUAUUAGUUUAGAAUUUUUCAGCAAAGCAAGAAAAUAUAAAAAAUAAAUAUGAAAUCUUUCUGUGUUCUAGUCUUUAUUGCUCUUGGAGUUAUUUGCUCUGUAAAAUGCAAACCAGGCUUAACAGUAGAACAAUUCGCUAAAAUCACCGAAUACAGCAAAAAAUGCAGAGAAACUAGUGGCGCUACUGUCGAGCAGAUGUUAAAAGUCAUGGCUGGAGAGUACGAAAACGAUCCAAAAUUGAAAGCUCAACUUUUCUGCAUCAACAAAAAAGUCGGCAUUCAAGAUGAAUCCGGAAAAUUAAACAUGGCCGCCAUUAUGGCAAAGCUAAGCAAACUGACUUCAGGAGAGAAAGAAACUGAGGAUGUUAUGAGAAGUUGCGCGGUUGAUAAAGAAAGUCCUGAAGAAACUGCUUAUAGCGCUUUAAAAUGUGUGUUUGACACAAAAGGAAUUAAUUUAAUUGGAUAAAAAAUAUUUGGUUUGUAAUAUAAAAGUUUUUCUGAAAGCAAAAAAAUGCAAUUUCCAUGGUGUACCGUUUUACUAAAAGUGAUAUUAAUUAUUAAUUAUAAAUCUAAUAUUGUUUAUUGUUAUAAAUUAAAUUUUAAUUAAUUUUAAGUGUUUUAAUUAUAUAAGUUUAAUUUUAACCUUUUUUAUUUUUAACUAAACUAAAAAACUAUUAUAAUAGAUGUG